CAAGUGCCAAAGGUGUCACGGGUUCCCCGCCCUUUCCGGAUUCACCUGCGAUCCCAUUCCUAGCAGAGAAGCGAAAUGGAGGCUCCAAGAUAUCUGUCUAUAUAAACAAGGAAACACCCCGGGAAAGAAAGCCAUCAACAAAACCCCGUCCAUCCGCGUUCCCGUCUUCGUCCUCUCUCUUUUAGUCUCGGUUUCAAUGGCGGAUGAACCCACGAAGGCCCCCGGCCAGCCCGCUGGUGACGCCACCGUCCACAUCGUCUACGUUGACCGGCCGGAGAGCGAGGAGGCCGAGGCCUUCCACGUUCGGACUCUCGCCCCGGUUGUCGGCAGUGAGGAGAAGGCGAAGGAUGCGAUGAUCUACCAUUACAAGCACGCAGCCAGCGGGUUCUCUGCCAAGCUCACUCCGAAGCAAGUCGACGAAUUGUCGAAGCAACCAGGUGUUCUUCAGGUUGUUCCUAGUCAGACCUACAGCCUCCAUGGACAAUCUUCCCUGUUCUGAAGUACCUUUCUUUGCUCUGAAAUAACAUCGCUUUGGAGUCGUUAAAAAUAAGGGUGUAAAUUCCAUAAUGAUGAUGUAUUACUAAGCAAUCGAUAUCAUUGAUACUUUCAAUCUCAAAGUGCUGCAUAGGAUGUGGUUUUUGGUGUGAUGCAUGGAACUGAUUACAUUUGAAUAUGAAUCUCAAAGUGCUGCAUAGGAUGUGGUUUCUGGUGUGAUGUAUGGAACUGAUUACAUUUGAAUAUGAUUUUAUUUUAUAUGGAAA